AUGGCGAUUGGGCUCAAGCGGAGCUUCAGCCCGGAGGACUGUGGCCUCACGGAUGCUGCCUGCCCGGGCUCACCGGUGCCUUCGACAGAACAUGCCGCCUGCUCCGAGAGCCUGGUCUUCAAAGCCUCUUGCGCAAGUGUUCAGGAGGAGAUAGAGGCACGAAUUGGCCUCAACAUGGAUCGCAAGAAGCUUCGCGGUAACUACACCCUCUUGGUCUCUGAGACUGGCGUCUGCACCAAGGCCAGUCGGGCGACGAGCCCGUUUGCAGACCCAGGCCCCUUCACGGACCUCUUCGGAUUUCGGUAUCUGACGGACGGGUCGGACUGCCACGUUUUGGCGUGCUCGGAGAGUCAGGUCAAGAGCCUGUGCGACUUCUCUACGAACUUUUGCAAUUUGUUCAACCUCUACUGCAACGAAGCCGACGGCUGCGAGAUCGUCCACAGCAACCUGGAGCACGACCCGGCGCAGUUCGACCAGCUUUGCGAUCACACGGCGAAGUGUGGUGGCUAUGAGACGCUCGCAGAUCAAUGCACUCGUCGAUGA